GUUAUAUAUAACAGACCUAGUGCACCGACUGUGUGCGGAGACUGGAAGAGCAGCCGUGAACCGGAGAACACCGGAUCGACCCCUUCUCACCCAGCAUCUGCCCUCUGUCCUCAUCAGGCCCGAGCACUAUGGUUGUCCACAAAGCUUUCGAGAAUGCCGGGAAGACGCCUGGCCUGCAGAUAUGGCGAGUGGAGAAGAUGGAUUUGGUGGUCGUCCCUUCUGAGCUCCAUGGACAGUUCUUCACAGGAGACAGUUAUGUAGUGCUCUGCACCAUAACUCCUUCUUCUCUCAGGAUUCACAGCUGGACAGGUAAAGAAGCUUCCCAGGAUGAGAGAGGAGCUGUUGCCAUCUUUAUGACUCAACUGGACGACUUUCUGCAAGGAAUUCCACAACAGUUUACUGAGUUUCAAAAUGAAGAGUCCUCCACCUUUCUCAGCUACUUCCCCAAAGGCAUCGUGUACAAGGCAGGUGGAGUAGCUUCUGGCUUCAAGCAUGUAGUGACAAAUGCUGUGGAUAGGCAACGUGUGCUGCUUGUUAAAGGUCGUCAUGCAAUCAGAGCCAAGGAGGUGUCUGUGUCAUGGAGCAGCUUCAACAAAGGAGACUGCUUCAUUAUUGACUUGGGAAAGAAUAUCUACCAUUGGUCUGGUUCUAAUUGCAAUUUCUGGGAACGCAUCAAAGCCACAGAGUUGGCCAUUGGAAUCCGUGACAAUGAGGGCACUGGGAGUUGUCAGCUACACAUGAUUGAUGAGGGCAGUGAGCCAGAAGAGGUCUUGAAAGUGCUUGGACCCAGGCCUGCAGUUCUUCCAGAAAGUUCUGUUGAUGAUGUUGAGCAUGAACAGAGAAUCCCUGAGGCAGUUCUGUAUAAGAUCUCGGAUGCUGCUGGUUCUAUGACAGAAACUAAGGUCGCAGAUAAAACCCCAUUCCAGCAAUCCUUACUCAGUGAGGAGGACUGCUACAUCCUGGACAACAAGGGACACAACUUAUUUGUCUGGAAAGGGAGGAAGGCAAAUGCUGAAGAGCGCAAAUCAGCACUUAAUAUAGCAAGACAGUUUAUCACAAGACACAGUUACCCAGACAACACCAAGAUUGAGAUUUUCCCAUCACAGAGUGAGACAACUCUGUUUAAGGAUUUCUUCUUCAACUGGUUGGAUAAGGAUGAGACCACAGGCCCAACAAAGCCCUACACCAUCGGUAGCAUUGCUAAGGUGGAGCAGAUUCCCUUUGACGCCUCCAGUCUCCAUAGCAACCAGGCCAUGGCUGCACACCACGGCAUGGUGGAUGAUGGCUCUGGUAAAGUUCAGAUUUGGCGUGUGGAAGGAAACGAUAAAGCAGAAGUGGACCAAGCCAAAUAUGGACAAUUCUUUGGGGGUGACUGUUACCUGAUACAGUACUCCUACGAUUCCCAAGGCAGAGAGAAGCAUAUCAUCUACAUCUGGCAAGGGCGGAAAAGCACAAUCGAUGAACGGGCUGCAUCAGCUAUUCUCACAGUCGCCUUAGACGACUCCAUGGGUGGAGUAGCAACUCAGGUUCGUGUCACUCAGGGUCAAGAACCACCUCAUUUAGUCAGCAUGUUUAAGCAGAAAACAAUGAUCAUUCACAUGGGAGGGACAUCGCGUUCUGGUGACGAGACUCAACCUGGCAGCACACGGCUCUUCCAUAUCCGCAUUUCUACUACUAAAGCGACUCGGGCUGUUGAGGUGGAGCCCAUCGCCUCUUCUCUGAACACUAAUGAUGUCUUUGUGCUGAAGACACCAAAUUCUGUGUUUGAAUGGAAGGGAUUGGGGGCAAAUGAGGAGGAAAUAAAAGCAGCUACGGAACUUGUUAGGGAGCUGUAUCCAACAGACACAGUGACUAAGGUCGAUGAGAAGAUGGAGUCAGCUGAUUUCUGGUCAGCACUGGGUGGGAAAGGGGAAUACCAGACCUCCAGGGCUCUGCAGACGGCAAUCAAGAAUGCACGACUGUUUAGCUGUUCAAACAAGACUGGGAGGCUGAUUGCAGAAGAAGUGCCUGGUGAUUUGACACAGAUGAAUCUGGCGCCUGAUGAUAUCAUGAUUCUGGACACCUGGAAUGAGAUCUACAUUUGGGUUGGAAAGGAUGCCAAUGAGGUAGAGAAAUCUGGAGCAUCCAAGAUUGCUGAAGACUAUGUGAAUACGCACCCCUCUGGUCGAAGUGGUACCCCUCUGGUCACCAUUAAGCAGGGAGAAGAGCCGCCUUCCUUCACUGGCUGGUUCCACGGCUGGGACCCAAAGAUGUGGGACAAUGUUUUGGCAAAACUCAAAGGCUAAAUUUGAAAAAUCUCACAAAUCUGUAACUUCUACAAAAUGAUAGCAAAGAUUCAUUGCUUAUCACUUAUUUCUGUGCAAAGCAUAUAUAAAAUCAUGAUAACUCUGGAAUAUUCAAGCUUCAGUUUAGGUAGAGGGAAGGUCGGUGACGUUGUGCAUCAAAGUUCUCAUAUGCAACUGGUUUUUGUCAUUUUCUUCAAAGUUUUAAACAUCAUCAAAAAGUGUAAGGCAAUAAUCAAACUAUGACAUUCAAAAAAUCACAGAAACUUGAUUGUAAGAAGGGCUCCAAUGAUGAUUUUCAUUGUUGAUUAAUCAGUUCAUUAUUUUUACCAUUAAUUGAUUGUUUGAUCUAUAUAACACAAAGUAAUGCAAAAGUCUGUACCAAAGCCCAACAUGAUGUCCUCAAAUAUUGCAUUUGGUCUACAAUUCAGGAUAUACACUUUACUGUCAUAGAGGGGAAGCAAAUACACAAAAUCAAUUCAAAUUUUUAUUUAAGAAGGUGGCCUUUUUUCUCGUAAAAAUUCCCUCAAAUUAUUGAGGAUUAAAUUAGUUACAAAUUGAUUAGUCAAUUCAUUGUUCCAACUGUAUUUGCAAGCUGAUAGUGUCUGAAAUAUAAUGUGGCAGAUCAAAUCUCGCUGUGAUCCAUUCUGGGUUAAUAUUGUUUGAAUUUUGAUUAAGGUGAUUAUCAUAUUCAGGAAAUUCUAAGCCUCAAAGAGGACAGUGGCAUUUAAAUUCUUUAAUUUUUUGUCUUUGUAAUUAAAAAAAAGACUGUGUUAAAUUCUCCUUCUAUACAACUUGGAUUUCAUUUGAGUAAUUUAAUUUGAUAAAUUCGGCAUUAUAAGAAUAAAAUCUUGAGAAUUGUC